GUAAGGAAAAUCACUGAAGUCUUCAUUGCGUAAGAAAGAAGCCGAAGUCUCCUAUCCUUCAGUUGGGUUGUGGCAUCAUUUAGACGUUUUUUAGCGUUUUAUUGGAGUAUUUCCUUGCUAUGGAUGAUCCUGCAGUGUUGGCACUCACUCCCCAUACUGUUGAUGACCCUGAGUCAGCAGCUACCAAGCAGCUUGUAAACCCUGACCGUGUUCACAGACAUGGUGAUCCAUACGACUUGGUGGUGUUAGCCCAAGAAGUACAAAAAGCAGAUCAGUUUGUCAGGUGUGCUGCAAGUAAUAAACUGAUAUUGAUUGCAGAGCAGAUCCGUCAUCUUCAGGAACAAGCAAGGAAAGUUUUAGAAGAAACAAAAAGGGAUGCAGAACUUCACCAUGCUGCUUGUAACUUCAAGAAAAGACCAGGCCAAAUGUAUUACUUGUAUAGACGAAGUAAUGGAACAACAUACUUCUCCAUUCUAUCACCAAAGGAAUGGGGCUCAAGCUGUCCACACGAGGCCUUGGGAGCCUAUCGGCUUGAAGCAGACAUGUCUUGGACAAAGGCUGAAGAUGUAGAGCGACGCAGCAAAGACAUUGCUAUGGUUGAUCAUCUACUUUCACAAGAAGUUCCAGCAAUUGAAUAUGUUUUACCUGCACAUGACAACAAUGGAUUUUCAACCAAGCCAGCUAUUAAACACAAGACUGUGAUUGAAGAUGUCAGCAACCAGGCAGAUCCAAUCGUGGAAGAACCACACUAAAGCACAGGUGGUAUUUUGACAGAAGACAUUUAAUUACAAGCUUUUAAGGACAUGACAAUGAAAGAAGGGCAGACACUUAGAGUAAGGAUUUAAUUUUUGACAAUGAUGACUAUGCCUAGUGGAGCAUAGGUGUGGAAGAGACUGGAAAAAUAUUCAGAAACAUUUUAAGUGUGAGGUCCAUUUUGAAAUUACUCCUGAGUUCUUCAGCUGGGGGUCCUGUCUUCAUCUGUGGAAGCUUCUGCAGUGGAAACUGCUAUGUUAUUUGCAAAUAUUUGGUAAACAAAUUGAUAGAAACCCAUUAACCUGUUACAGAAGCAAAGAAUGGCUUAGGUGUCCAAUCACGGGUAUCUAACAAGUUUUCAUUGACCAGCACAAUGGUUAUUUGCUACUUCAACAGCAGAUACAAUAAAAGUCAUCAAAUCAAGAAUUUGAUUAUAUACAUAAUUAAUGCUUUUAGAAUCCAAUUGAUGGUUUUCAGUUUGCUCUGAAGUCUAAAUAAACAGAAGACCUUGAUUGGAUACUAAAUGUAAAUCGCCUGUUACCCUUGGUCAGUUCACAGGAUUAGCUGUGAUUCACUGGAGGGCUUCCCCUUGUACUUUUUUCGGUAGCUCACAAGGAACUUAUCCGUCAACAGUCUUAUGUUUAUCAGUCCGUAACAUGCAGUAACAAUUGUAUUGAAUUAGAAACAUAAAAUGGUGAUACUUGUAGAAAAUCUA